ACCCAAAGAGAACAAAAAGUCACGAAAACGUCAAAAUGAUGUCAUUUUGACUUUAAAUGGUCAAUUUUUCAUCAAGGCUCCUUGCAGUGACGUCAAAAUGACAUCAUUGUGACGCCAUCGAUAUAUAUGUAUCGAUAUAUUGAAGGUAUCGAAUAACAUCGAGAUCGAGAGUCACUCGAGGAGCUUCAGAGUAAGAUCGUGAGAAUUUCAGAAGAGAAGGAUCUAGAAGAGAACGGAUUACCCGCGUUUUCGCUGCCAGUUUUGUGUUGUGAACGUUCGACGUGGUUUGCCUAGAAGUAUAAGGAAAUGUCGACUCUGUUAAAGAAGAGGUUGUUUGGUUUUGUUGUUCAUAGAUUCACGGCCAACAACAGGAUGCAGAAGCUGCAUAUCAACGAUCUCUGGAUCUGGAUCAACUGGCAGUAAGCCUUAAGAUCAAGUAAUGCUACAUUAUAUGCAAGAAUUGUCAGCCAAGAUAGAUUGGCAGAAUAUUGGGAUGGCCCAAAUUUUGAACGAGUUGUUCCCCAAUGAAGAUGGUUUUGAUCGGCCUGAAGGGUUCCCUUCCUUGCCAUUGGAAACUGAGGAAUUUUUUGCAAACUUUGAUGGUCAUUUAGAUGAUAAAAUAUUGUAUGGCCAUAUGCUCAAGUAUCUGUUAUGGAAGGGAAAGGGAGAGACAACCUCUCUCUUCACUUACUCUAUUUUGUCGACCCUACUUAGGAAUAACUUGGCACGACUCAUUAGUUGGAAAGGUUCUGGAGGAAUUAAGCUCAGUUUUGAAAAGUCCAAAGUAAAAAAUCUAGUAGAAGGUGUUUGCUUGAAGAAGUUUCCUAAGGUACAGAUUUCCGUAUUUGAAGACCAUAUGAAACGAUGGUUCAACACUUCCAUGCAACGGUCAGACUAGAUCAACUAGCUUGGAGGACUACAGUUGUAUUUCGACUUCACCGUUUGUGAGCUUUAUAUAAAAGCUUUUGUAUAUUGAAAACUUGCGUGAUUCUCAUGAAUUCCAUUAUUUGUCUUUUAUUUUUUGGUUUGAGUUGUUUUGCAUAGUUUAAUAUUUAUGUGCCUUUCAGGCUAUUAUUUUUGU